GGGGAGUUGGCAAGUGUGCAAGUGUGCAAAUGGGCAGCAACGACCCUGCCGUUUGUGUGUGAUUGCCCCGCGCCUUCGAGUCGAAUAUUUUUAUUCCCCUCCAAAAGUUGGUACGGUUAGUUCACUUGUCUUUUUCCUUCACACCAUCCAGUCCAUACACAUCAAUCGCAAAGAUGUCUUUCGGAAAGGUUUUCACCAAGGAGCGCAACCCCCGCACCACGGCCAUCCUCGCCGUCGCGAAGGCCAACGGUCUGGAUAUCGAGACCGUCACCGUCGACACCACCAAGCCUGAGGCCGACUUCCUCAAGUACAACCCUCUCUCCAAGGUCCCCGUCUUCGUCGGACAAGAUGGUUACGUCCUGACCGAGUCCAUCGCCGUUGCCAUCUACCUCACCUCCCAAAACGAGAAGACCACCCUCCUCGGCAAGACCAAGCAAGACUAUGCUUCCAUCCUGAAGUGGAUGUCCUUCUUCAACACCGAGGUUGUUGAGAACCACCUCCUGAACAACACCUUCCUCGUCGGCGAGCGUAUCACCCUCGCUGACCUGUUCGCUGUCGGCAUCAUCUCCCGCGGCUUCCAGUUCUUCUUCGGCAAGGAGUGGCGUGCCCAGAACCCCAACGUUUCCCGUUGGUACGAGACCGUCUACAACCAGAAGAUCUACUCUGACGUUGCCCACCCCUUCGAGCUCUUGGACAAGCCCGCCCUCGAGAACAAGGCUCCCAAGAAGGAGGAGGAGGAUGACAUCCCCCAGGAGCCCAAGGCCAAGCACCCCAUUGAGCUCCUUCCCCGUGCCACAUACCCCAUCGAUGAGUGGAAGCGAUUCUACUCCAACAACGACGAGCCCGUCGCCAUGAAGUACCUGUGGGAGAAGGUCAUCCCCACCGGCGAGUACACCCUGUGGAGCGUCAAGUACAAGUACAACGAUGAGCUCACCAAGGUCUUCAUGUCCUCCAACUUGAUUGGCGGUUUCUUCACCCGUCUCGAGGGUUCCCGCAAGUACAUCUUCGGUGCCGCCUCCGUCUACGGACAGGACAACGACUCCGUCAUCGAGGGUGCCUUCCUCAUCCGUGGUGACAACUACGAGCACGCCUUCGACGUCGCCCCCGACUGGGAGAGCUACGAGUUCAAGAAGCUCGACCCCGAGAACCCUGAGGACAAGGCCUACGUUGAGUCCAUGUUCUCGUGGGACAAGCCUGUCGUCGUUGACGGCAAGACUUACGAGCACACCCAGGGCAAGGUCUUCAAAUAAGCUAGUGAAAGUAAUGACGACGAUGAAAUCGGUUGUUCAUGAUCAUGUCUUGAUGAGUCACGGUACAUUGGUGGAAUAAAAACUAAAUAAGGACUCCUGAAGGAGU